AUGACUGACAACUUGAUAACAAGGCUUCUGGCAGAAGCUGCAGCAAGGGCAGAGAAGGAACGACAGCAACAUUCGAAAAGAUCGAACAAUUCAGAAAAUGUUCCCAAUGCAAAUAACACAUAUGAUCAGGCACAACAUGUUUCGACCAGCCUAGAAAGCCCCCACGCACUAAUCAGCAGUGAUCUAGAUGACCCUGAGUUGGAUUCACAGAGGUCUUCUGCGGUAAAAGGGCAUAUAUACACGGUGGGAUUCUUGAAAUUGCUUGAAAAUUCGCCACUCUGUGAUAUUUCGCAUCUUUCACUGCCCCCAAAGGAGUUUUACAGGCUGGACAUACGUUCAUUCCCCCAGGGGAAGAACAGGCAAGAUUACAAUAACGGUGGAUUUGGAAGAAGAGGCGGGGGGAGGAAAAAUGGUCCUCGGAGAGGCAAUAAUGGAUCUGGUCGCAGAGACAGACGGAAUAAUAUUAAUGGAUACAGCAGCAAAAACAGCAACAGCAGUAACGGUGGCAGCCGCAGGUAUGGCAAUGAUGGUGAGCACUACCAUCACCAUCACAGAGAGUCGGACCCUAUUGUUGAUGGUGCGAUCAAAAUGGAGGAUGAGAUAAUCAGCAGGGAUGAGGAGGAAAAGGGUGGACCACACUCAAUUCGUGAUUUCGAGCUUUGGAGGCUCAAGAUGAGAAUUGAAACUUUCAGGAGAAACGGAGAGGAAGUUCCCCAGAAUGAUAUGGAGGAGUAUGAGGCACUUAUGAGUCAAAGAGGUGCCGGAGGUUCUAGUUAUUCCGAUAAAAAUGGAUCUGGUAACUCUGUGGACGACGAGUUUGCAUCCAUACCUCUCAAUAUGACCCCUGUAGAGAAUGAGAAGAGUGAAGGUAUUGCCUCUUUGGCUCCAGAAGACCCUUCGAAGAGCAGAUCAUCGAAGUUUUCGAUGUUUUUCAGCCACGAAGAGGCCAACGGCAUCCCGGACAACCAGAAAAAGAGUGUUACGGCAAACCUGGGUGUUAUUUCUGCCGAUCCGGUUGGAUCUUCAAAGCUCCUGUCGGUUCUUCGGGCCUCCGGGCCAGAUCCGGCGGGUUCGGGAAUUGAUAAUGGUAACGGCGUUAAUGUGGCCUUUAACAACAACCAAGCACUUCCAAAUACGCCUCAGCCCGUUAAGAAAGACUCACUUUUCCUACAAUCUUUGCUUGCCAAGUCAAAUAAAGAAAGUGUGACUUCUGCUUCUUCGCCAUCUGUCUCCUCACCACCUUCUGUGGCCAAUUCUGCUGCAAACUCGGCCAAACCUUCACCUUCUGCAAAUUCUACAUCCUCCGCAGCUGCCAUGUUACCACCAAUGGGCAACGCUCCGCCACCCGUUGGAAACAGCAUGCCUCAAAUAGGCAAUGUCCCUCCUAACGGCACUCCUUCCCAAAGCCAGCCAGUAAGGAUGGUGCCUCCAUUUUCUGGCCAGAUGCCUCCACUACCACCUUUUGGCUACAUGCCACAAUUUCCUGCUGGCCAGUUUCCACCCCAGGGACAAAUUCCUAUGGGACCAGCCAUGGGCGGCAAUUUUCCGCUUUCAAACGGCUUUGUUCCUCCAAAUCAGGCUGGUGUUGUUCCUCCGGGGAUGCAGGCCGCUUUUCCUGGUGGACGGCUUCCAUUUAUGAUGGCAGGGCCUCCAAUUCAGCAGCAGCAACAGCAGCAGCAACAGCAGCAAUUACAACAGCAAUUACAACAACAACAAUUGCAGCAUCAGCAGCAUCAACAACAUCAACAGCAGCAGCAGCAACAGCAGCAACAGCAACAGCAGCAGAGAAAUGUUCAAAUGCUGUAUAGAAACCAGUACGGAAAAGCACAGCCACAAUGA